AUGUUUAAUUCUUACUCAUAUGAAAAAUAACUUGCCUUAUCUAAAGAAAUUGAUAAGAUUAAGAAAGGAUAUAUGAAGGAACGAGAAGUUCGUAAAGGUAUAGCUGAUUGAAUAAAUAAAGAAUUAAAUAAUCGAUUGGCAUAGAAUUAUAGGAAAAGAGUGGAAAAUUUUGUAAUCAAUAUGCUUGAGACUCCUGUUGUUUGUGCUGAAUAUAAACAACCUAAUGCUUAAGCAUUUAGAUAAGAAGAUCCUAGUAAGAAUUUGGGUGAUCCACAAUUUUAUGUUAAGGGUUUCAAACAUGAAAAAGAUCGUAUCCAAGAAGCUUUAGAUAGAAACAAAGAUCUUGACUUUCUUCCUAAUCGAUAAGUUGCUCAUUAUUGUUUUCGUGAAAGGGAUCCAUCUAAAGAUAUUAAACGUGAUGUGUUUCGAUACAGAGAUAAAACUAGUUUAGAAAGGAUAGAACAGUUUUUAAAGGAUCAUACAUAAACUUAAGUGGAGAACUAGAAAUUCAGCAAAAAGAAAGUUCUUAAUAUUGAAAAUCUUUCAGAAAAUAUGAGUUCAUUAGACAGGAAAGCAUAUUUAAGCAGAUUGAUUGCCAAAAAUUUACUUCCUAGUUUACAUUAAAAAACACACUUUUAAGCAGCAGCAACUAUGUUUAAUAAUUUACCAUGUAUACUCCUUGUGUUAAUUUUCUAGUAUCUCUUAUGGAUCAUGCAAGAUCAGCUCCAUUAUUAAAAUAAGUAGAAUCAGAUGAAAAAAGUAUAAAUUAUAUAAUCUAAUUAUUUUAGAAUCUCAAUAAUAAUAAAGAGAUGUUUAAAAAACUGAAGAAAUUGAAUAAAAAGAUAAUAAAAUUAAAUAAGGUAAUGAAUUAGAGACCUUUAAUCCUAUUGAGACAUCUAAAUCUGUUUUAGAAAAGUGUAAUGUCAUACGCGGUAAGAAUCCUAAAAUUAGUACAAUUCAUAAAGGAUAAGGACAUUUAAUCUCUACAUUAGAUAAAUCAAUUUAAGAAAUAUAUAAGGAUAUUUAUGGAAUAGAUUUAAGUUAAGGUAAGUUUUUUUAAAAAUGA